AUGGUAACCUCAAGCCUAUUUUGGGAACUAGGCCGAGAUGUAAUAGAUGUUACUGAACUUGAUCAUGAUGGAUCACCUUCUGAUUUACUUGUCCUUACUGUAUGUGUGGAUCGAUAUACACACAACAAUUACGAAGUAAAACAGACUCAACACAGAGAUAGCUUCUAUAUGCCGUCGUGUAUUCUAGAAUCUGACGACAUAGCAUACCUAUUCUUCCAUAAUCGUCUCUCUUCCAUGGGAGUAACCCUAGAUGACCUUAUGUGUCGUGAUCUCCUUGAUCUCUCUCAUGUCUUGGACGAUGAUAGAACUCAUAUUCCCCGUACUGCCACACACCAAGUUAUCCUUUACGUAACAAUCCAUACUAUGGAGGAAGACGAGGUUGAGUUCGAUAUGGAGGAGUCAAUGGCUUUGGCUGUUGAGGAUUCAAUGGAGGCCUAUGUGGCGUCGCAGCUGGUACCCGCAAGUCAAUCAUCUAUUGAUGCCUUGGAGAAGAUGGUACACAAUCGUUCUUGUUCCGUUGAUCAAUGCAUGGUCUGUUUGGAGAAAUUUUCUGAUGAAGAGUUGAUCACUUGCUUGCCUUGCUCUCAUUUCUAUCAUGGAGAUUGCAUUGUUCGGUGGCUAAAGACAAGCCACUUUUGUCCACUCUGCCGUUCUGAAAUGUCAACUUGA